UCGGUUCGGGUUCGCGCAAACGUCAAAUCGUCAACAUGACAGGCUCCCGUGAAUUUCUUUCACAUUUAUCGCGAAAUCACCGCGAGUCAACCGGCCAAUUAAAAGACACAAUGUAAAUUUUUUCCGCUCUAAUCAGACUUUCGGGAACAUCGAGAAAAUGAGUAUUUCCCAGGAUAGCGCUGCCACUAUUGUGUGCAGGGAGGUCUUCGACGAGACCUCGCAUCCGUCAAACGAAGAAGUAAUUGAAUACGCAAAGCGCCUGGGAAUCGACCCGGAUGCGGAACCACACCUUUUGGAUUUGGCCCGAGAAGGUCUCAUGGCGGCGCUACCCAAGGGCUGGUCACCCUGUUUUCAUGAAGGCAGUAAAGCCUGGUAUUACUACCAAGCAUCUACGGGAACCACCACCUGGGAACAUCCCCUGGACGCUGUUUACAAGGAACUAGUUGUGCAAGCGAGGGCCGGUAACCGACAGAUGAGCGUCGACGAAGACUCUAAGACGACAGCCAAGGACCUCGAAUCCCAUGAAGACGUGACCUUGCCAAAGGAAAGCAUCUCCAGCAAGUCACUUCCGCCACAGACCAAGAUCCCCAUGAAGCUGGCGCCUCUGAAAAAGCUCAAGAGUGAUAGAAUCGGUUCUAGAAAGAGGGAACUCUCUUUCGAGAGGGUCCAAAGUUCUAAGGAUUUGGACCCUGAAAAUCAAAAUGAAUCGUAUUCAGGUCUGACGGAUCGAGUCCCGAGGGACUAUACGAAUCUCAGAUUUCAAGACCCCCAGUUUUAUGAAAGUCCGAAAUUGUUAGAUUCACCUAUCAAAGGACUGGAUUUGAAGGAAGUCCUUAAGAGGUCCGAAUCACUUAGUCCUAGGUAUGAAAAAGAGUGGGAGCAACUGACUACCAAAUUUAGUUCGGAGGAGAACAUCAUUGAUAUUGAUAGGCUCAGUGCAAGUUCUCUGGCUAAGUCCAACAAGUCAGCUGAGUCUCCGGAUAAGGAUAAACAUCCCAGGCAUCCGGGGCAGCAGAAAGAGCUUACGCUUACCGGCGGUGGCUCAAUUUUUCUCAAAAGCAACAGAAGCAGGGAUACUACUCCUAGUCAGGACGGCGGCAGGUUCGAGGAUUUUCUGAUGUUGUCCGGUGAACAAAUGAUGAGCAGCUCUUCUGGGGAUAGGCUUAAAUCCAUCCUUCGAGAAAAACCCUACGAAGAUGAGGAGAGACCCACAGAAGAGGAACGAAAGAGCGUCCGCUUCGAUUUGGAGAAAGAACCAGAGAUCAAAUUUACAUAUUCCGGCUCUGAUGAAGAUUGGGAAUCCGAUUCGGAAGAGCAGAAGAUGAGGAUAUCAGCAAUCGCCAAUAUAAAGAAGGUCACCUCAGUAUUUUCCCUGCAGUCCCAAACGUCGGACCUUACAGAUGAUUCGCCAGACAAUCAAACUCCUAGAGAUCCAUUCUUUCAUCCAACUCUUCCAAAAUUAAAUCCUUUGGAACGAAUGGACAAGUUCCUCAAAAAAUCAAAAGUCGUCGGUAAGAGGUUCGUCGUUGAAAACGUUGAUGAAGGUGAACACCUUACUCAAGUAGCAAAGGACAAAUUGAACGAUAUCGACGAUGAUUUAUCGCCUCGGAAAUUCAGCAACGUCAGGAAUAUUGACAUAGUCUCGAAAAGUGAGACUGAUUCCAGCAUUGCCUCCAGAUCUAGUCUUCUGGAUGAAAUCCGAAAAAGCAAAGAACUUAUGCUCGAGAGUAUGAAACUUUCUGAUCAGAAAGUAAAAAACAGCAAGCAACGCGAAAAGGAUAAUGUCUAUAAUUUAAUGAAACUUAAACAUGAGCUCGAAGCGGUGAAACGUGAUCGAGAAAGCAAUACUUCAUCCUCUCCAGAUGAACCAAAGAACUUAACCAACUUCAUUUUGAACAAAGAACACGAAGAAACGAUAAAAUCACUAAGAGCAGAAUUCGAAACGAAAUUAGAAGACAAAAGAAAAGAAUUAGAGGAAAAUUUUCAGGAGCAGAAGCUCGCGCUGGAAAAAAAUCUCCAAGAGAAAUUGGAGAACCUGAGAAAGGAGAUGGCUGAUAAAGAGGAGCAAGAUAUAAAGAAACUAGUCAGUGAGAUGGAUGAGACGAGAGAUGAAAAUUUGAAGAAGGUGAAAAGUGAACUGGAAGUCUGUUACGAAAAGGAGAGACAGGAGAUCCUUGCUAAUCUGAAAGCUGAACUGGAUCAGAGGAAGCGCGAGCUGUUGGAGAUCAGGAACCAAGAGAUGGAGAAGCUGGAAAUUGAUCAUGAAAAGAGUUUGGAUGACGAGAAAAAUGCAAAACUUAAAGAACAAGACAUUGCGAAGCAGCAUAGUGAGAGGCUUGAAACCAUGAAGAAUGAGCUGGAUAAGGAGUUCGAUGACCUAAAGACUGAGCUUAGAUUGCAGCAGAGGGAGAAGAUUACCAAGAUCACUGAAGAACACGAGAAGUGCCUUGCUGAGAUCUUACGGGAUUUUAGAACAGACGAAGGACUCGCGCGGAAACUGUAUAAGCAGAAGUUGGAGGAAAUUCGUGCGGAUUUUUCGAGAGACAUAGAAAACCAAGUGAAGAAGCAGAGUGAUAGAAAGUCGGGACCUCAGGAGAGCGUUGAUUUCGAAAAGCUGCGAUGCGAAAAGAGGCUGCUUGAAGAUAAAUACAAUACCCUGAAAGAAAAGUAUCUCAAAUUAAAGAAGGAGGUACGUCUUGCUGUGGAGAGGAGAACCAAGCGGAAGGAAGGAAACACAACAGCUUCUGAAACCGAGAGGUCAACUUCGGCCAGGACAAGAACUGACAAAACGGAGUCCUCAGACCAGAAAUCACCUCUAAAGAAGCCACGCUCGAACUCCUUAACCGCCUCAAAAUCUCAAGAGAACCAAAGUCAAGGUCAAAGUGCAGCAGAGGACUCGGAUGACCAAAAAUUGGCUGCCGGGUUUCCAGGAACCGCCAUUACGGUUGGUGCGAAGAACAUACUAAAAUUUGAAUCUGAUGAUGCGACUACCGCCAGUGAGGCCAACUCGAAUUUCUUGUCGAAGAAGAAAAAAAACUUCACGAAAAAGGCUGCUAGCACGAGCAGGAUAAACAACAAUAAUGUCAGCAGUGAAAAUCCUGUGGAGAACAUCAGGAAACAGCUGGAAAAAUUGGAGGACCUUGGAGACCAGCUGCCAAGCAAUGAUACUGCUUACACCUUGCGUUAUCCUUUCCAGGAUAAAUGUGAGUCUCCCAGAGACGAUACUGCAAAAUUAACUCCAGUAACUGCGUCAUCGGAGCUGGAAUUCUUUAGGCAUAGAAUUCACGUAGAACGAGAUUCUGUAAGAAGAGCUCGAGAGGCACUGAGACAACAAAGAAGUGCUUUUCAAGGCAGACAGAGAGCUUGGAAGCAGCGAAGCGCGAGGACCACUUUGGAACAGCUGGUAAAGGAAGAAAGAGAGCUUUCUGAUAUGGAAGUAAGUUUGCAUCGUACACGCAGUCUUCUUGGUGAAAAAGUUAUACAUCUGAGGCACUUGGAACAGUCUCUAGAACGAGUGGCUAAUGCAAAAAAGAAUGAAAAUGAUGUUACAGUUGUAAAAAACGACGAACAAACACUGAGUGACAUGUCGAGUGCCAGUAGUGGAUUCAGUUCAACAGACCUUGGCACAGAUACCUUCAUAGAUAAGCCAGAUCAUUAUCAAGAAUCAACGGAAAUAAUUGCGAGCUUGGAGAACCUGAAUUCCGAAAUUCGUGAAAUCUGGGGCGUUUUGAAUAAGCGACAAGACAACAAUGUCCCACCGCCACCUACUCUGAUGUAUUCUGAUCUUAGGUGGCUGCCAUAUCAGCACUUGACGACUCAACCCAGUAAUGUGCAAGCAGCCUUUGGUACUCCAAACAUCCAAUCGAACAUCCUAUCACAACUGACAGCAGCUCAUCCACCGGCAGCAAAUACACAAAACAUCAUCGCCCAAUAUGGACCCAAUAGUGGAUUUACAACCAGCGUUGGAACUGUUGAACGAGCUACUUCUAAUCUGAUGGAAAGAACCAGGAAUCUCAGGGAUUGGCUUCGACAAGCAAGAGUCGAAAGUUCGGACUUGGUUAGUCCAGGGCAAGCUACUCUUUAAAACUAAAAA